UUGCAGGAAACUCACCCGAUUCGAGGGGACAGGCAGACCUCAGAGUUACUGCGGAUUUGGUUCCAGACUAUCGCAGUGAAGCAAAUACCUUCACAAUAAACCGGAAGAGUUGACAGCGGGUCCGCACAGCUUUAAGAACAAAGUCUUUAAAAAAGCCCGAGUCUGUGGGGUUUGCAGACAGAUCAUCGAGGGUCCAGGGGUGUCAUGCCGAGCCUGCAAGUAUGCCUGCCACAGGACAUGUGAAGCCAAGGGACCCCAUGUCACGCUGAUGGCUGAUGCAGGAGCUGCAGUGACUUGGUCGGACAGGCCGUCUUCCAGACGGCAUCUCUGUGCCAAGGGACGGACGAGGCCCAGAGCCGGCGACCUCCCCAGCACCAGCCACCACGCCUCUCCUGGGUGUCCACAGGUGGUGAGUCCCCACUGUGCGCGAGCCCACCUGGAACAGGCUCUGCGGGCCCCCUCGCCGGCCGCGUCUCUGUGCUGUGACAGACCGUGCAGGCCUGCGACGCGGAGCCCCGCCAUGGAGGACGGCCGCGAGCUGGACCUCACCUACAUCACCGAGCGCAUCAUCGCCGUGUCCUUCCCCGCCGGCUGCUCCGAGGAGUCCUACCUGCACAACCUGCAAGAGGUGACACGCAUGCUGAGGUCCAAGCACGGGGACAACUACCUGGUGUUAAACCUUUCGGAAAAGAGAUACGACCUGACAAAGCUCAACCCAAAGAUCCUGGACGUGGGCUGGCCCGAGCUGCACGCGCCGCCCCUGGACAAGGUGUGCACCAUUUGCAAGGCGCAGGAGGCCUGGCUGAACAGCGACCCCCAGCACGUGGUCGUCAUUCACUGCAGGGGCGGGAAGGGACGCAUCGGGGUGGUCAUCUCGUCCUACAUGCACUUCACCAACGUCUCCGCCAGUGCCGACCAGGCCCUCGACAGAUUUGCCAUGAAGAAGUUCUAUGACGACAAAGUCUCGACUUUGAUGCAGCCUUCCCAGAAACGGUACGUUCAGUUUCUCAGCGGGCUCCUGUCGGGAACGGUGAAGAUGAAUGCGUCGCCCCUGUUCCUGCAUUUCGUCAUCCUGCACGGGACCCCGAACUUCGACACGGGCGGAGCCUGCCGGCCCUUUCUGAAGCUCUACCAGGCCAUGCAGCCGGUGUACACGUCGGGGAUCUACAACGUUGGCCCAGAAAACCAAGGCAGGGUCUGCAUCUCCGUGGAGCCGGCCCAGCUCCUGAAGGGGGACGUCAUGGUGAAGUGCUACCACAAGAGAUACCGCUCGGCCACCCGCGACGUCGUCUUCCGCCUGCAGUUCCACACAGGCGCCGUCCAGGGCUACGGCCUCGUGUUUGGAAAGGAGGACCUGGACAACGCCUGCAAAGAUGACCGUUUUCCUGAUGACGGGAAGGUUGAGUUGGUCUUCUCAGCCACUCCGGAGAAGAUUCAAGGGUGUGAGCAUUUGCAGAACGACCACGGGGUGAUCGUGGACUUCAACACGGCAGACCCGCUGAUCCGCUGGGACUCCUACGAGAACCUGAGUGCAGACGGGGAAGUGCUGCACACGCAGGGCCCCGUCGACGGCAGCCUUUACGCCAAGGUGAGGAAGAAGAGCAGCUCGGACCCCGGCGUCCCCGGCGGGCCCCCGGCCGUCCCCGCCGCCAGCAGCCCGGACCACAGCGACCACACCCUGUCCGUCAGCAGUGACUCCGGCCACUCCACGGCCUCGGGGAGGACCGACAGGACCGAGGAGCACCCGGGCCCAGGACCCAAGAGGGGCCUGAGCCCCCAGGAGAAGGCCGAGCUGGACCAGCUGCUCAGCGGCUUUGGCCUGGAGGACUCCGGGAGCCCCCUGCAGGACAUGAGCGAUGGCCGCAGCAAGUGCGGCGGGACCCGCCACGUGGUGCCGGCCCAGGUGCACGUGAAUGGGGACGCUGCCCCCAAGGACCGGGAGACGGACAUUCUGGACGACGAGAUGCCCGGCCACGAUCUGCGCAGCGUGGACAGCACAGGGACGCUGUCCUCCUCGGAGGGCCACGCGUCCGCCCACCUGAGCCCCUUCACCUGCCACCAGAGCAGCCAGAACUCGCUCCUGUCAGAUGGGUUUGGCAGCAGCGCCGGCGAGGACCAGCACGGAGCCCCUGCCCCCGACCUGGGCCUGGGCGGGGACCCCCUGUACGAGCGCGAGCGGGCCUUCGGGGGCCGCGAGCCCAGGCCGCUGCAGCCCAUGAUGAUGGCGAUGAUGGUCAAGACGAUGAUGGUGGUGAUGAUGGUGGUGAUGGAGAUGGUGGUGAUGAGGAUGCUAGUGGUGAAUGUGCUGGACACUUCUGUCAUUUCAGGAGGAGUCUGCGGCCACUGCAGUCGGCCCCGCUCCACGCUCCCCCAGACCCCGCCGCCCCCGGUCUGCCUUCUGUCUCCGUGGAUCGGCCUCUUCGGGGUGUUUCGCGUGCUGGCAAGCCCUCUUUGGAGACCCCGGGCGUCCGGUGUGGGGGGCGUGUUUCUGGAAGCUCUGUCUCGGCGUGGUGGACACGAGCUGGUCUGCACGGACGUGACCCCCGAUGCACGAUGUGCCUUCGUGGGCGAGACGUGGAAUUUGCCUCAUCCCGGGGCGGGUGGCGGAGGCCCCGCAAGACACGGUGACGAGCCCCCGAGCGGAAGGUUCCGGAAGCUGAGCGUCGGGCAGUAUGACAAUGACGCCAGGGGGCCCCCGGCCUUCUCCACGUCCAAGUGCGGCUGGGGGAAGCCCUCCAGUGCGGAACAGGCCCCAAGCCUGGCGCCCUUGCUCUCUCCGGCCAGCGCCAAGGAGACGGCGAUCCCCGCGUACCCCCGGGACCUGGACGGGGUCGACGGCAGGGUCUUCUCGCCCAACGGCAGUGGCAGUGAGACCCUGCCCCCAACACCUGCGUUCCCCGUGUCUCCGGAGACGCCGUACGUGACGACCCCCCGUUACCCUCCGUUCAGCCCCCCGGGGCCCCCGAUGGGCGGCACCAUCCUGUACAGAGGAGCUCAGGGAGAACAUGGUGAGGAGGAGCCGGGAGAUGCCGGGACUGAGAAGAGGCCCAGAGCAGGCUGGCCCAGAGCUGUGACGGCCGUUAACGGAGGAGGUGAUCCCAGGAGCAGGGGCUGCGCGUGCCCUCCGGGCCGCGACCUCUCUGCGUGGCCCAGCAAAUGCUCGCACAUCCCUGAAGCAGAACCACGAGGCUGCCCUGAGAUUCUCGGUCACUCCGUGGGGAUGUCAGAGAGCCCGGCUGGACCCACGCCUGCGGUGCUCCGGGCCGACGUGCCCACGGCGCCCUCCUUGCAGCGGGCCUUCAUGUCCUCCUGCACGGUGUCCGGCAGCAGCCCCGGCCAGCGGAGGGAGAGAAAGGGGGGCUCCUGUCAGGACUUGGCAUCACGCACAGAGCACGCCUCCGGGCGGCCCCAGUUCCCGCCCGCCGAGCUCCAGACGCCCUUCCACGGCCACCAGCUGUCCCUGACGGCCCCCCCGGAAGCACUAGGGCCGCCGAGCAGCCAGGCCUUCCUGAGCUUCUGCUCAGCCCCCGGGGGAGCUGGCCUUCCUCCCGGGGGGGACGCGGGGGCCUUGCUGGCCGGUUCCCACGGAGCAUCCCCGGCCCUCGGCCCCCCGCGGGCCGCCGUGGAGCCUGCCGGCGACGGUUUCCUGUCUCACGGCUUUCUCACGGCGGCGCCGGGACACAGCGGCCACCACAGCCCGGUCCUGCAGGGCCCGGGGCUGACCCUGCCGGGGCAGCCGCCCCUUCCCGAGAAGAAGCGGGCCUCGGAGGGGGACCGGUCCUUCGGCUCGGCCUCCCCAUCCUCCAGCGGCUUCUCCAGCCCUCACAGCGGGAGCACCAUGAGCAUUCCUUUCCCAAACGUCCUCCCGGACUUUUCCAGGGCCUCGGAGGCGGCCACGCCGUCCCCAGAUAAUCCAGGUGAGAAGCAGGUGACCGUGAACUUUGUCCAAGACACAUCCAAGUUCUGGUACAAGGCGGAUAUCUCCAGAGAGCAAGCCAUCGCCAUGCUGAAGGACAAGGAGCCCGGGGCCUUCAUCGUCAGGGACAGCCACUCCUUCCGGGGCGCCUACGGGCUGGCCAUGAAGGUGGCCACGCCCCCGCCCUCUGUCCUGCAGCUGAACAAGAAAGCUGGAGACUUGGCCAACGAACUGGUCCGGCAUUUCUUGAUCGAGUGCACCCCGAAGGGAGUCCGGUUGAAAGGAUGCCCCAACGAGCCGUAUUUCGGGAGCCUGACGGCCUUGGUGUGCCAGCAUUCCAUCACGCCCCUGGCUCUGCCCUGCAAACUGCUCAUCCCGGACAGAGAUCCGUUGGAGGAAAUAGCAGAAAGCUCUCCCCAGACCGCGGCCAACUCCGCGACGGAGCUGCUGAAGCAGGGGGCAGCCUGCAACGUGUGGUACCUGAACUCCGUGGAGAUGGAGUCCCUCACCGGCCACCAGGCCAUUCAGAAGGCCCUGAGCAUCACCCUGGUCCAGGAGCCGCCCCCCUUGUGCACGGUCGUGCACUUCAAGGUGUCGGCCCAGGGCAUCACGCUGACGGACAACCAGAGGAAGCUCUUCUUCCGAAGGCACUACCCCGUGAGCAGCGUGAUCUUCUGCGCGCUGGACCCCCAGGACAGGAAAUGGAUCACAGACGGCCCCUCCUCAAGGGUCUUCGGUUUCGUGGCCCGGAAGCAGGGCAGCGCCACGGACAACGUGUGCCACCUGUUCGCGGAGCAUGACCCCGAGCAGCCCGCCAGCGCCAUCGUCAACUUCGUGUCCAAGGUCAUGAUUGGCUCCCCGAGGAAGAUCUGAGCCUCGCGCCGGGAGACCCCCAGAGGGGCCGGCUGUGCCCCCGACCUCCCCGGCCCAGGAGGGAAGGGGGCCCUCCAGCUUACACACCAGAACAAGCCACCCCGCGGCCCAGUGGCCUUCCCGGAAAGACACGUUUCUGCCUCCCAGGGCCCCGGCGGAGGAAGACGGGCGCCGGGUGGGCCCCCAUACUUGCGCUCUUACAUCUGCGAGGGGAGGGGAGCCCAGCCCGCUCGGCAGUGGCCCGAGUGGCCGCUGUGCCUCGGGGUAGCCGUCUCGGGGGGGCUCCUGUCCAGCGGACACCCUGGCGCCUCUGUCCUCCCGCGAUCACCACGGAGAGGCUGAUGGGUGGGCCUGAAGAGGGGUGCACGCCUAAUUAAGGUUCGUGCAGGUCAGGCGCUCCGGAUCCCUGGGGCGUGAACGAGGGGUCGGCGAGAUGGGCGGCGAGGCCAGGAGGUCCCUGGGUCCCCGUGGAGGGGCUGCCUCCGCCUCCGCUUGCCCAGCUCUGACUGGCACGCUGGGCCGGGAGGGGAACGCCGUUUCCAUAAAAGUUACGUUUUACUUCUGCCAAA